AUGUCAAAACUUAAGGUUAAUCAACUUCGCCAAUUAAGAGACAUUUUUGAAAAAUUUGACACAGAUUCUGAUGGUAGCCUAACCAAUUUGGAGCUAGCCGCGCUACUUCGAUCAUUAGGGCUAAAGCCUUCAAGUGACCAAAUCCAUGUGUUAUUAAUGAACUUGGAUUCAAAUGGAAAUGGAUUUGUGGAGUUUGAUGAGUUGGUGGAUGCAAUAUUACGUAACAUAAGUGCAAAGAUAUUAUUGAACCAAGAAAUGUUGCUUGGGGUAUUCAAAUAUUUUGAUCGUGACGGAAAUGGUUUUAUAACAGCCGCAGAACUAGCAGGGGCAAUGGCCAAAAUGGGUCAACCCCUUACCUAUAGAGAGCUUAGAGAGAUGAUCACAGAAGCUGACACAGAUGGGGAUGGUGUCAUUAGCUUCAAUGAGUUUGUCACCGUGAUGGGUAGAUCAGCCUCUGGCUUCUUAGACUUUGCACUGUUGUAACCAAAGGUUCUUCAUUGUAAACACGAUUUUGCGAAUUGGAACAUGUUUCUUAUCCUUGA